CUGGCAUCAUAACGUCGGACUGGCCACCCAUCAACGCUCGUCAUCAUCAUCUCCGAUCAAGCAGAUUUAUAGUAUUUAACGAAAACGAAUUCCGCAUUUCUCCUUCUUGCAUUCGGUGGAAGACGCAGACUAUCCACCAUGGCCGCCCAAGAUCCCCGUGUCUUGCUGCAAAAGGCAGAGAAAACGUUGCACAGCGCGUCAAGCGGAUUUAGUUUCUUUGGUGGGCGGACAGAGAAGUACGAAAAUGCAGCGGAUUUGUAUACACAGGCCGCAAAUGCGUUCCGAAUCCAGAAGCUGAACAAGGAGGCUGGUUUGGCGUUUGAAAAGGCUGCUUCGAUUCAGGCAGACAACAUUAACGAACCAGACGAUGCCGCAAACUCGUUGAACGAGGCUUUUAAAGUGUAUCGAAAAUCGGACCCCGAAGAUGGCGCCCGCGUUCUCUCCAGUGCUAUCAACCACUACGUAUUAAAAGGAAACCUGCGCCGGGCUGCUACACAGCAACAACACUUGGCUGAGGUGUACGAAGUGGAACUAGGAGAUAUGAAGAGGGCUGUCGAGGCUUACGAGAAAGCUGCGGAAUGGUUUGAUGGGGACAACGCUGAGGCUCUUGCGAACAAACAUUACUUGAAGGUCGCUGAUCUGGCUGCCCUCGAGGGCGACUACUACAAGUCCAUCGAGCACUAUGAGAGAAUUGGCCGGUCCUCGAUUAACAACAGCUUGAUGAAAUGGUCUGUCAAAGACUACUUCCUGAAGGCUGGUAUCUGCCAUCUCGCUACGAAUGAUCUUGUCGCAACGAACCGUGCCCUCGAGUCCUACCGGGACAUCGACACCACAUUUGCCUCUCAGAGAGAGCACCAGCUUCUCGUCGACUUGGUGCAAGCCAUCGAGCAGGGUGACCAGGAAGCAUUCGCGGACAAACUCUUCCAAUAUGAUCAGCUCAGCAAGUUGGACAAGUGGAAGACCACUUUACUACUGCGGGUGAAGAAUAAUAUCGAGGAGGCGACUGAGGAUUUCUCGUAGAUUCAGUUAGUUAUUUCAUGUCCACGAUUCUAUUCCCUUUUUCUGAAUUAGCCUUGAUUUGAUUAUUGUUACGUGAUGCCCUGGUUUAUCGUAGUAUGCCACUUUUUCUUCCCAGAA